AUGCCGCCGCAAAGGGUGUUCGCUUUACCGAGACAGCAGUCUCUGCUUCUCCCGGCAGUACUUAACCCGUUCGUUCAUAACAUCAAGUUGUCCAAGGUUGACAAAAUUAAAUGCUUUCUGCUAGGAAUUGUUCUUGUGCCACUGCGUACCAUCCUCAUGCUGACUGUAGUGUUGAUUACAUGGCCAGUGGCUGCCAUAGCAACGUUUAGACGGCCUCUCAAAGGUGAUGUGGAGCCUAUGACCGGAUGGCGACGCUUCAUGUGUCGGACUAUGCUCGCUGCCCUGGGUCGGCUGUACUUUUGGGCCAUGGGUUUCCGUGUGGUGGUCAAGGGACAGCAAGCCAGCAGUGCGGAAGCGCCCAUCCUUGCCGUGGCACCUCACUCCAGCUACUUUGAUGCCAUCGCAUGCAUCGUUUCGGGCCUGCCCUCCACCGUGUCUCGCUCAGAGACCUUGGCCACGCCCAUAUUUGGCAGGUUUCUGCAAUGUCUUCAGCCUGUUCUGGUCUCCAGGACAGAUCCGGAUUCCCGUAAAAAUACCAUCAUUGAGAUUGAGAAUCGGGCCACUUCUAAGGGCCAAUGGCCACAGGUGCUGAUAUUCCCAGAGGGCACGUGCACAAACAGAUCAUGUCUUAUCACUUUCAAACAAGGUGCCUUUAUUCCUGGUGUACCAGUUCAGCCAGUUCUCAUCAAAUACCCAAAUAAACUGGACACAGUAACAUGGACAUGGCAAGGCCCAGCACUGAAGACUACACUGCUUCUUACACUGUGUCAGCUCUACACUACUGUGGAGAUUGAGUUUCUGCCUCCUCAGGUCCCUUCCGAGGCAGAGAAGAAAAACCCCAUCCUGUUUGCCCAGUCAGUACGGAAUGUAAUGGCUCAAGCACUGGGCAUCCCAGUGACUGAUCACACAUAUGAGGACUGUCGUCUGAUGAUCUCUGCGGGGGAGCUGACCCUGCCCAUGGAGACGGGGCUUGUGGAGUUUACCAAGAUCAGCAAGAAACUGGAUCUGAAAUGGGACAACGUAAGAAAAGAGCUGGAGAGUUUUGCCGGCAUGGCCAGUUCCUGUAAAGGAGGUCGAAUCAGCAUUGAGGAGUUCGCCAACUUUCUGAAACUACCCAUCAACCCAGCCCUACAGGAGCUGUUUGCUCUUUUUGACAGGAAUGGGGACGGGACCAUUGAUUUCAGAGAGUAUGUUAUCGGCGUAACGGUUCUGUGUCGGCCGGCUAACACAGAAGAGGUCAUUCAGAUGGUCUUUAAGCUGUUUGACACGGAUGAAGACGAGAGCAUCACACACGAGGAGUUUACCGGCCUGAUACGCUCCGCUCUGGGCGUGAGUGAUCUCAACGUCUCCAAACUCUUCAAAGAGAUCGAUGCUGACAACUCCGGACAUAUCACUUACUCCGAGUUCAAGUCUUUUGCUCUUACUCAUCCGGAGUAUGCAAAGCUCUUCACCACCUACCUGGAGCUCCAGCGUCACCAGGCACUCCAGGGGGAGGAGUCAAGUUCUGUGUCCUCCUCCUGUUUCGUCUAUGCAGAAAAUGAUGAAGAUGAUAGCAUGUCCGAUAAGAAGGAUGACUGA